CUCUCUCUCUCCUCCUGUCUCCCUCUCCUGUGUUCUUCCUCUCUGGACUUCUCUUGUGUGUUGCUCUGAUGGAAAUGUGGAGGAUCUUUCUGUCUGUCUCUCUUGUGGUCCAGCACAGUUCAGCUGAAGAAGUUAUGCUGCUGGACACUACAGAGUCCACCGCUGAGCUAGGCUGGACAACAUAUCCUGACACAGGGUGGGAUGAGGUGAGCGUGUUAGAUGACAAGGGGAGACUCAUGCGUACCUUUGAAGUCUGCAAUGUCAAUCAGAACCCUCGUCUCCAAGACAACUGGUUGGCCACGCCCUUCCUGUACCGGCAGUCAGCUCCACGGAUCUUUGUGACACUGCGUUUCUCGGUUCGUGACUGUGCCAGUCUACGCUCCCCCUCCCCGACAUGCAGGGAGACACUGAUACUGUACUACAAACAGGCUGACUCCCAGAGAGAGCUGGAGAGAACCUGGGCAGCUGAGCCUACUAGUGGAGAGACGAGAGAGGGCUGGGUGAAGAUCGACACCAUCGCAGCGGACAAGAGUUUCAGCCGUGUGGAGCCAAGUCUACCUCACCAGUACAAACCUGAAAACGCACGACGCAUCAACGUCAAAACCCGCAGCUUUGCUCCUCUCACACGCAAAGGGUUUGUGUUAGCAAUAGUAGACAGUGGAGCAUGCGUGUCACUCAUGGGUGUUUCCAUAUUUUAUCGUCGCUGUCCAGCAACCAGUCGUUUCCUGGCCUUCUACCCGGCCACGCCCUCGGGGGCGGAGCCAACGUCUCUAGUUCCGGUGACUGGAACUUGUGUACCCCAUAGCCAAUCACAGGGUGGGACAGCACCAAGAAUGCACUGUAACACAGAAGGCGAAUGGCUGGUGCCUGUUGGAGGAUGUACGUGUGAUGCGGGAUAUGAGCCCAAUCAUAAUGGCUCAGCCUGUUUAGCCUGCUCAGUCGGGUCCUAUAAAGCAGUGGCCGGCUCAGUUUCGUGCACAGAGUGCCCUUCUAACAGCAGAACCAGUUCAGAAGGGUCUAAACUUUGCGAGUGUCGGAGUGGCUACUACCGCGCACCCACCGAUGCCAACACCACCGCCUGCACAAGCCCCCCAUCAGCGCCGGUGUCUCUAUCAUGGGAGUAUGAGAGUUCAGAGGGUGGGGUGUCUUUGCGCUGGAGACCUCCCACGGACAUGGGCGGUCGGAGGGAAGUGUGGUAUGGGGUGGUGUGCCGAAUCUGCCCGUCUGCUACUAGCACACCACCCAGCAUGUGCUCCUGGUGUGGAGAGACCGUCUCUUUUUCCCCUUCUCAAACUGGCUUAAAGCAGACAAGAGUCACCCUCAAAAACUUGCUCACUAGGGUCACCUACCUCAUACAGGUUCAAGCAAUAAAUGAAGUGUCAGCGCUGAGCCCUUUUCCACCUCAGUUUGCCAGCAUUAACUUCACCACCAGUCAAUCAGUGCCUUCUGAGGUUCCCAUGCUGCACCAGUUGAGCAGAUUUCAAGACUCUAUCACACUGUCCUGGCCUCAGCCUGACCGGCCCAAUGGUGAUAUCCUGGAAUACCAGCUCCGAUACUACGACAAGGGGUCUGAUGAGGACAGUGCUGUGAGCGUCUUCAGUGAAACAAACACAGUGACAGUUGGAGGUCUGAUUCCAGGCUCCAUCUAUGCCUUCCAGAUCCGUGCUCGAAACGAGAGAGGCUACGGGCCCUACAGCCACACUAUUUACUUCAGCACUCUAGCAAUGGAGGAACAGUCAAAGCAGAUUCAAAAUCGCCUGCCCCUUAUGAUCGGAUCAGUAAUGGGCGGAGCAGCAUUUCUAUUGGUUGUGAUAGCCAUCAUCAUUGUGUUUGUGUUUCGAAGUAAAAGGAGAGAGAGCCCCUAUAGUGACAGACUUCAGAGAUACAUGAGCAACAGAGGUGGGGUGAAAUAUUAUGUGGAUCCCUCUACUUACGAAGACCCCAGUGAGGCAGUCAAAGAAUUUGCACGAGAAAUCGACCCUGCUCACCUUAAGAUUGAAGAGGUCAUUGGUGCUGCUCAGUUUGGGGAGGUGUCCCGUGGCCGGUACAGGCCACUAGGUCGUAGAGAGGUGUUGGUUGCGGUUAAGACUUUGCGUUGGGGAGUGACAGACCGUGAGAAGAAUGUGUUUCUCAGUGAGGCAGGAGUCCUUGGCCAGUUUGACCACCCCAAUGUGCUGAAACUAGAAGGUGUGAUCACUCGCUCCCCUCCUGAACGUAUUAUCACAGAGUUUAUGGAGAACGGACCCCUGGAUGCCUUUCUCAGGGAAAAUGAAGAUCAGUUCAGCGUGUUGCAGCUCGUUGGCAUGGUGAGAGGUGUUGGAGCUGGAAUGCGCUAUCUUUCAGAGCGGAAUUUCGUCCAUCGUGACCUUGCUGCGCGGAAUGUUCUGGUGAAUUCGAACCUGGUUUGUAAGGUGUCUGACUUCGGCCUGUCACGUUUAAUGAGGGGUCUGGACCACAACAUGCCCACCUACACUGCUUCACUGGGGAGUAAGAUCCCUGUGCGGUGGACAGCACCCGAAGCUUUCCAGCAUCGUAAAUUCAGUUCAGCGAGUGACGUGUGGAGUUUUGGGAUACUCAUGUGGGAGGUCAUGUCAUAUGGAGAACGUCCGUACUGGGACAUGAGCAACCAAGAGGUGAUGAAGGCAGUGGUUGAUCAGUACCGUUUACCUGCUCCGAACGGCUGUCCCCCGGCUCUUCACUCUCUAAUGCUGCAGUGCUGGCAGGCUGACAGGCAGGACCGGCCGGGCUUUGAUUCUCUCCUGUCGUCCCUUGACCGUCUCAUUCGCCACCCUGCCUCCCUAAAGGCCGAACACAGCCGUCCCAGCCAGCCACUCUUAAGCCCCACACCUACUGACCUCUCAUCAGUGACAACAGUUGGUGAUUGGUUAACAGCUCUAAAGAUGGACCGGUAUAAGGAUGCAUUUGAGAGAGCACAGUACCACAGUUUGGAAAGAGUGAGCAUGCUCACAAUGGAGGAUGUUCAGGCUCUCGGAGUGAAUCUUCUCGGUCAUCAGCGGAAGAUCGUAAAUGCAGCUAAGCAGCUCAGGACACACCUCACUCAGGGACAUGUGGAGGUCUAAUGCGUCCCACAUUGUGUUGACACAGCAGUGCAUGCUGGGAAAUCUAUCCCACAAGAACACUGAAAUAGAGACGAGGACGACAAAAAGAGCCUUGAGUGAAAAAGAGGAGUUUUAUUAUGAAUUAUUCGCCCAUCUGUUCCACCCCUUGCUGAACUGUUGUCUUCCACAUUCUUCUUUUGCUUACUCCUUCAGUGUUGCACUACCUCUCACUUUCUAACUUAUCAGUUCAUUACUUGAUGCCAUUCAGUAUGAACUUGCGCCUUAAGAACACAAAAAGAAAGCUCCUUCACAAUCAGUUGCAAGGACAAUCAGAGACUUUAAAUAGAAAGUAAAUGACUGUUAUGUCUUUGUUGGCACUUGUGGUUAAGGGCACUAAAAGUUUUUUUAACUAUACAACCUAACAACAAUUAUAUUGGUUGAUAAACUGAAAACCCCAUAAUAACCACCACAAGGCCCUCAGUACUCUGCUUAAAGUCAUGUUUCUAAUCAGUAUUUUGCCUUGUUUUCCAGUAAAAAUAUCUAAAACAUUAGGUUGAGAGCUUGUUAAUUAUUUUUUUCCCCUUUUUUUAAAGAAUGCAUAAAUAUUCUUUUCAGAAAAUACACACUACCAUUCAGAAGUUUGGGCUCUGUUAGAUCUUUUAAUGUUUUUGAUACAUUAUGCUCACAAGGACUGCAUUUAUCAACCGUAAUAUUGUGAAAUAUUAUUCAAAUGUAAAAUAACUAUUUAUUUUGAAAUUAUUUUGAAACAUAAAUGCCUUUACAGUCUCUGGUUUGAUCAAUUAAAUGUGUCUGUUCAACAAGCAUUCAUUUCUUUAACUAUUAAAAAACUAUUUGGCAAUAUAAAAAUAAAAAUAAUCAAUAUUUUCUCAUGAUAAACUGAAAAAAAAAAUGCAAUUUUGCUUUGAGUAAAUUCCUUUUGUUUAAUGGAUGUUAUUUUUACUGGAAAACAAAACAAAAAUAAGACAUUAUUUAUUGAGAAAAAUAUUUUUUGCACUGUAUUCUAAAUGUACAGCUGUAUAAUAUCAUACAAUACUUACAGCUGAUUAUUCAGAGACACAAACAGUAAAGUUUUUGCGAGUAUCAAUCGUACACUAAGGCCACGGUAGUUCACUGCUUACCUAUGACUACAACCUGUGAUGUUCCAUCAUCUCACCUGUGACCAUCAUUUCACAUACAAAGGCACAUCUGUGCUACUGUGAGCCCAUUUCCCCUCACCCAUCCUAGUCCUGUCCACUAGCAGGCGUGUUCUCAAUACCCCGCAAAUGAUGUAGCAUUAACACACACUGUAAUAUAUGGGCAUUGUGAAGUAAGUGUUGCAGUAAAUGUGAUCACAGUUGCUGGCUGAAGUGAAAGAGAGAAACGUGCUCCUUGUGUAUAUUCUGUGUGCGUGUGUGUGACAGAUUUACAGUAUGGAUGAAACUAUUUAGUGCUGCUGGAAUAAACAAAAAUGUGUGUUUGGGCGUAUGAAUGGAUUCCUUUGUAAAGAAAUGUGUAAAAAGGGAGUGUAUGAUCAAGUGGAUGUAUAUUUGAAUCUGUUUGAUUGUACAGUUGUUCACCACCGUUCCACUACUGUCCAAAUUUGUAAAAUACAUACGAUUUUGUUUAAAGAUGACUAAUGAAUUUGUUUAUAUUAUCUUCAAGUUAAAAAAAAGUCUACUCAUUACGUUGCUAAAAUGUCCUUGUUUCCCAUAAACAGCACAGAGUCAGCAAAAUGACACUUAUCACACCGAUCAGUGCGUCAGCUUUACCUGGAGGUGGACAAGAUUCUCAGAAUGAGAUCUGGGUAUGAUCUGAUAGGGGUAAUGGACACAAAAUCCACACAUACAUAAGUUUACUGCUUUAAAUGGAAGUUAGUAAAACAUGCAGUUUUUGCUUUAAUUAUAACUUAUUUAGGAAGGAUGCAUCAUACUAUGGAAGCUUUUUUCUUUUUAACUUUUUCCCCCUCAGAUAUAAAGUCACAACUGCAAGUUAUAAAGUCACAAUUGUGAGAUAUAAACUCUCAAUUCUAAGAAAGAAAGUCACAAUUGCGAGGAAAAAAAAGUCCUUACCUUGCAUUUUUUAUUCCAUGGUGGAAACGAGCUUCCAUAUUAAACUGAUCAAAAGUGACAGUAAAGAAUUUUACGUUGUUUUGAAAAAAUGACUAUUUCAAAUAAAUAAUGCCCUUUGAAAUUUUAUAUUCAUCAAAGAAUCCUGCAAAAAAGUUCAGCAAAAUAUUAAGCAGCACAACUGAAAACUUGAGAAAAAAAUUAAAGGUGAAAUAUAGAGUUUCAGAUGAUUCUUGUUUAUUUUUAAAAACGUCCUUAUGCGUAAACUAUAUGUUGCAAAAACAAAAAAACAUGCACAGCCACUUGUUUUUGUCGCUAAAGUAAAUUGUUGCUGAUUAUUCAAAAUAUUUAUUCUGACAAUAUCGCACAUACUGUAGCAUAUAGGUUUGUGAAAAGUCUCCUGCAAAGACUUAUUUAAGUGCUAUAAUAAUAACCAUAACUCUACAUUCACGCUACACUUUGACCUUGCUGAACUUACCUGAAACUGCCCAUUAAAUUAUUGCAACAAAAUAAGUUGUUUGCAAACAUUUGUGGUAGGCAGGAUGAAAUCACACAGUAAUUUGCACACGUAAAUCUUACAUCUUAA